UUCUUCCAGGAUCUCCCUAUAAGUUAGACGUACAUUUCUUCCCCUGCGCUAGUGAUGAGCUCUGAUUGGUUCAUGUAGGCAUGUGGCAAGGUUUACCUUGGACGUCCGGUGGCCAAGUUGUUUGCUCCGUUAAAGUUCUGUAGGAAGACAUCUUGACAAAUAGUCGUGCUGUUCUUAAUGUCUUUUAGUAACACCUGCAAGCAGAGUAGGUUGUUUUUUUCAGCAGUAUGGUUCGAGAUUUUUUUUUUCGGACAUUAGCCAAGGCUUUGAGAUUACUUUGAUCAAAUAAAGUAAGCUCACAAUGACGUAAUCAGCCUCCUUUAUGUAUAUUCUAUUUUCAACGACACACUAUUGAGAUAUACUAACAGUAAACGUCAUAUGUAAACUCAAGUUUAAGUUGACUGAAUAAUGUUUACAUGCUAUAGAAUGGUGGAGCUAUUUUAAUAUUACGGACCAACUAUUUCUGACCAAGGAAGACAAUCCUAAAAUGAAGGACACUGUUAUGUUACUAUUGGAACUACUGUUGACCGGUGUGGUCAUCACAAUACAGCCAACAAAAACACAACUUCUGGAUCAUAUACUGAAGAAUGUCACGGUGAAGAAUAGCUUAAGCCUGGAUAACUUCUAUAACCAGACAGCUGAUCACGUGACUAGCAUUGAUACGUUCCCAGAAGUACCAGAAAAUGUCUCGUCAAAGUCAAUGCUUUUAAAACAACAAACUACUGCCGGAAGUGAUCUUCCAGACUCACUUAACACGAGUGUAGGAGACCAGAAUCAAUCACUGAUCAGUACUUCGGCACUCUUAGUAUCUCCACCUACAACACAAGAUUCCCUCACGUCUGAUCACCCCAGAACUACUUCUCGUUCGGGCCAGAGAGUCGAGAGAAGUUUGUUAGAUCCAUUUCUGGGUUUGCAGGAAACGGGAGACGAUGCCAAUGAAGCUGAAGUCUCAGUCAGCGUAUCAGACGGCAGUAGCUCUGUCCCCUACAGUGAAGGCGACUUUCUAAGAUUUAUACUUGAUAGUGACAAUGACCUUGUCUCGAAAACGUCUGACGUCAUCGGCUUGAGCUCAGCAGACGACAUCGAUGAUGUCAUUCAUCUUUUAUCACCUAAUGACGUUGAUGAUGUGCUCACUGAUACAUCUGAUGACAUUGACCUGGGGAAACUGGAGGAUGAGCAUCUCAUCUCAGAUGUCAUCCAUGACAUUUUAUCCAAUGACAAAAAUAUGGCGGAAUCAUCUAGUAGGCCUAUACAUAUAUUCACACCAGAGAACAACAUCGCAGCUUCUAAUGACAUACAUGUAUUCACAGGGGGCGCCCAAAAUUUCAAUUUACCUUUUAAAAUUCACUCGCUUCAAAACAGCGACAUUAACAUGGCGCUGAAUGUCCUUGAUGAAGGGUCGAACAAUGUCGCUAUGGACUUCUUAAGCAAUAUCCUCAAGGCGCCUUACCAUGACACUGUAGGGACCCCAUCAUUGGACACGACCUACUCUAAAGAUAGGACAAUGGAUUCAUUACAUGACGACAAUGAGAACAAUGUUGUAUUAGCACUAGGUGAUAAUGACAUGAUGUUAAAUGACAUCUCUACUCCUUCAUUACACCACAUCAGUGUAGAAACAUAUAAUAAUGACAUUGACAGCAAUAGACAUUCUUUGCAUGUUAAUGAUGUUCUACACAGCAUCGAAUCAUCUGAAACUCUCUACACCUUGCCAGAAAAGCUACGCUCCAUGUUACAACAGCCCAGCCAACUCGUAGACCAAAUUCACUAUUUACCUCAAAACGUUAACGCUUACAAAUCACCUGGCAAACAAGAAUGGACGAGAAACUCGGUUUAUUCACUGGCAGAUAACUCGAUGUGGACUCGUGAAAAUCUUUUGAACCUGUUCGGCCAGCAGUUCGACACAUCGUUGUUGACUCGUAGAGAAAAUAGUCAACCAUUAAAAAUGUCCCCUUACAUCAGUGAACCCAACAACGAGAUAGACAAUGGUGAUCUUUAUCUUCCUGUGCGCACUGAAAUUAUACAGAAAAGUAUCGGCUUCAAUAUUCCAAGAGAUUUACGACCAGAAACUCAAUAUGAUACAAAUCGUAUACAGAAAGUCCCUUGGCUACAACUGAUCAAAACGCCAAUGAAACAUUCCGCAAUGUCAAAGGUAAGCCCACAGAAUUUAGCACCAACUUCCGGUGCUGGAAACGUGAAAGGACGUCUUGAAACAUCCAAACCCGAAUACUUCCAGUCUGUUCUAUCUUUAGUGGAAUCCUUACCAUUAAAAGAAAAGGAAUACAUUUCAACGAAAAUUAACUACGUUUUAAAGAUGUAUCGAACUAUUAUGGACGGAAAAUGGCGUCAAUUAAUACCACCACCACCAAAAGAUAUUAGAAUGUUAGCGCCACGUAUUCAAGUGUUAGACUUAUUUAAUUCAAACAAAACGGUUACUAAUGAUAUUGGUGAAGAUACUAUACUCACAAAUCAUCUUUUCACAUUAAUUUUAGAUUUGCUCAAAUUUGAUUAUAAUAACUCUAAGGCUAAGCGUGAUAAAAAUAAUAACAAUGUCACAGGGGAUAAAAAAUUUGAGCCUUCACCUGUUAGCAGAAGUGAGUCCAUAACGAAGUGGCCAAGAAUCAAUGCUGAUGAAUCCAAGUUGGUCAAACCAUCCUCUAGAUCUAAACGAAGUAGAGACUGGCCACUUGGUGAAGUCAGCUCCAUAAACCACAAGUUUCGGAACAAGAAACUUUUCCUCACCCAGCAGUUUCAAAUAAUGAGGCAUGAAAAAUCUCAAGUAAGUCGACAAAUGGCUGGCGUGGACAAUAAAAUGAACCAAGUGCUGCCCUGGGGCAUCAGUGUCCAGUCCGAGGUUCAAGACCUGUCCGAGGCGGACAGCCUCCAGCCACCAUCACUGUCACUUGAUUCCGAGGAAGAUAAAAGUGACGUCAUUAGUUCUAAAGACACAGAGCCCAAAUUUAGCCACGAUGAGCCUACAGUCGCGCGAAUCAAGAAUAAGAGCGAAAUUAUUUUUAGCACAAACUCUACAAACAUCACAGAAGAAAAUUCAUUGCAUUCCAUGGUCAAUGAAACAUUUCCUAUGGAAACUUUCCCCUUGAAUCAGACUUUUAAAAACUUGAACUUGAGCCACGUAGAAACACAGACGGAUUCUAAAAAUAAAAGAACCUUGAUUGAUAACAUAAAAAGCGAAGACAAAAUAAACGACACAAACUCUAGUAACAAAAGUUUUAUGAAUGAAAAAAACACAGAAACAAUCAAGACUGUAAUUCCUGGUGAAGAACACGUGACUGAAAUUAAUACAGCAACAAGAAAACCAAUUGGAUUUGUCUCCGUGGUUUCUAAGAGUAACAAUAUUUCGUCAGAAAAUUCAAGCAUUGCAAAAGAAAAGUCUUUAACUUUACAUAAUAUGAGUGCAGCAUUAGAAGGUCAAAAUGAGACAGACAUUCAAGGCAAUAGUUCUCAAAUGUUGAAGAUGUCUAAUGAUGAUCAGAGCAAAAGGAACAAACGUGACCUAAGUGGUCCUGUGCCUUUAUGGGUAUUCCACUCUACAACUAAACAAAGUCCAACCAUUAGAACAGCUGCACGCCUGCAGCCUAUUACGACGAAACCAAGUCUUCGAGGACAAUCUUCAAGUCAAGAACAGAAAUAUUCAAACUCUCAAGAGCAGCACGCGGGUAAUGCCUUAAUCAGCCAGUCAAAACUUGAUGAUACUCGACAAGCUCCAUCUACCAAACAUACCUCAAGCUUCAAUACUGACUUUGUAGAGAUUCACCCAAUUGAGGACACUAGGGCACGCCUAUCAGACUCACAACCACGGCCACAAGACACGCCUACUCGUUCAGUAGAUACAAAAACAACUCCAGAGCCUUACAUAAAUCGCUAUCUUCGCGAGAAGCAAAACGCGGAGAAGUUAAGUGGGAAAAGAGACUUGGUCAAAUUGAAGUCAUCCGUUACAAAGAACCAUGAAGUACCCAAAAGUAAGCCCGCGAAUCUCAAUGAACAACCAGCAAAGAUGAGCAGCUAUCCAGUAUUUAACUCACAGCAUCUCCAAAGUUUCAUCAGUGAUUCACAAGUAGGGGAGAGGUCAGGGGCCAGCUACUCUCACAAGUUCGUUCAAAGUAAAAGUCCAUUCCAACCUGAGACACAGUCUACAAAGUCGAAUGAUUUAACUGACAAUAGUCAGAGGGACAAGCACAAAGUCCAGGCGCAAAAUGGAAUAAAUACUGGAGACGCGCGUGAAGCACCCAUGCAACAGAUGUCGAACUCUGAGACAAAUAUUGGUCAGCUUCAGGAUAAAACCUCUUUCGAAGGUGGAAUGCUAAACAUGAUGCCCCCUGAGCCAGUUGUGGUCCACUAUCAGCCGGUCAUCACAUACUAUACUCCUCCCAUACAUUAUUCUCAGAUCCCAGAGUAUUUGGACUUUACCGCACGGCUACUGACACCUCAACUACCAGGACAGCGUGAUCCAUCAAUGAACGAAGCUGGCCUGGAAAAGGAAUCCCAGUUAAAGACUGACCCUGAUACGGAUGAGCCAACAAUGAACGAUCCCGAUCCUAAUCUAAGUGUCUCAGUAAAAUCUGACGAUGAAGAUGACCUAAAGGUCAAGGUUAUAGAGGAUAUCCAAUCAAAGUAUGAAUCCAACGAUGACCAAAAACUGAGCCAAACUAAACAGGACUCUAGCCAAAGAACAUCACUGAAAGAAGCACGCACUGAAGAUUGGAAGACUGAGAAUAGUCAAAAAACGUACAUUCCAGAAAAUAAUAAUUGGGAGGAAGACAGCAGCUACACGAAUUAUGAGAGUCGAAAUCGUUAUCAAAAUACUCAAUCUCAGACCCGAAAGUUUCAAGUGCCAGGCUACCAGCAACAAAAUCAACGAGCAUGGACUAAGAACCGCGUACCUUUGAACCAAGAAUAUUAUGACACCAAUGUACGUGCUCAAAAUGGUAAUUUUGGUAAAAAUAGAAACUAUGCUACCAACUACAACACCAAAAACAAGGUCAGGUGGUAUGACUCUUCUAGAUUGAACCAGAAUAACCAGCAGAGCCCAUCUAUUUUGAAAUCUCUAACAAACGAAUUCGAAGUUUUGUUGCGGUUCACAGAUCCUGAGAAAACAAAUUUCAAGCAGUCCAAUGUUCAGGACUACUCCGGAUCUUCCAACUACUAUCAGACGAUAGAUUCAUCAAGAGGUCAAGGUUCAUCUUUCAACAAGCAAAUCCCCAAAGUCCAAACAUUUUCCAACGAACAAGACAGGGACGAAGAGGCGGUUCUAGAGUUUGUAUACUCUAAAAAAAACAUGAACUUAGGGCAAUCUGGCAUGACAGGUUCUGGUGGUAUGGACGAUUCCAGUUCUUCCAACUACUAUCAGAUAAUCGAUUCUUCAUCCGACAGAGCUGGGCAAACUGGAGAAGAUAAAAUGAUAGACGCAGUAGUUGAGCAUUAUAUAUAUACAAAUCCUAAAUAUGGUUACAAGCGAACUGAGAAUAAGAAGGAUUAGAUCAUGGAAUAUAUUCAUUGUAUUUACUUGUAUAUAAACAUUUAGAAAGAUAAGAUUACUUAGGCCUACUGAUUCCAGAUGAUUUAGUAUUUACCACUAAAUAUGCUAAACUUUAAAAAAAAAAAACUGACCUGCAAUACGCAAUGCAUUGAGGGUCUGAUCAAGAAUGCGCUAUGGAGCUGUUAUGUUUAUCAUUAUAAUACUUCUAUUCAAGUCACAUUUUCGGAGUGGGACCUGGGUGGGCAAAUGUUGGGUGAACGCGAUUCUCGUAAUGGGGUCUUACGAUUCUCCUAAAAUCUGUUGAUAUUUAUCGUUGUGAAAAUUACUAGCUCGUUGGCUACACUUGUAAAACUCUAGUUUGACUGUUAUAAUUGUUGGAGUAUAAAAUAUUUAUCUAUCUAUCUUGAGCGUACUAUAGGUCUACAUAUUGAAAUUGUAUAAAGUCUUGUAAAAAAAAAAAAAAGGAUUGGGGGGGGGGGGUGGAAUGUGGCGGGGUACAAAAUCUUCUUUUUUUUAAAAAAAAUCUAACAUUCAUUAAUGAUUAAGAGAAAAACAAUCGCUCUAUAAGUUGUAUAAAGGAGGUAUUGUCUUUAAAAAAAGUUUUUAAAAUGUUUUUCUUCUUCUAUAUAUUAUUAUCUUUGUGCAUGCUGUUAUUAUACGUCACAUGUUUUAUUCAUGUGGAAUUCAGUACAAUCUCACAUCAAGUUAGGACACUACUGAAGUUAGUCAACUGAGAAUAUCAAGUUGUUUUUUUUAAUCAGCUUUUUUACAGACUUAAAAAUAUAUAAGUUUCUUGGUGUUACAUGCAUUCUUAUCAAUCUCGAAUAGAAGUACGUGGAGAGUUGAACAGAAUCAUUAUCAACUCUCAUUUAAUAUGUACGGAAUAAAUAAGAAAAUAUCACAAGUGGUCCCAGAUUGUAGGACUUGUUUGUUGUUUCUUUUUGUCCUAUAGAAAUACUGAAGUAUACGCUAACAGUUACAAUACAGAGUUCAAUCCUGUA